UCGUCGUAUCCAACCAAAACUUAUGCACUUCCCUCCUCCCCGUACCGCUCAUUCUCGCCCCCUCCUCAUUUGGAAGUCAAUAAGAGUGACUCUCCAGAGAUAGAGACAAUCACAAGACCUCCCCGACUGAUACCAAACAGCACUGUGAGCGCUAAAGGAAUCAUGCCUGCGCCCAAGAAAGCAGGAGGAAGGAAAACCAGCAGCGCCGCAGAUGAGUCGGUCCCAAAGCUGCCGCCGUACGAGCCCGAUAUCCCUGAACCCAAGACCAGGGCUGACUUCAUGAAGUAUUGGGUCCCGAUCAAUCUGGAUGAAAAAACUGCACAGAAACUCUUGUGGAUUUCAGAGGGCGCAACCAAGGUGGCCCGUACAUCAGAUGCAGUCUGUCCAUAUCCCAACAGGCCUGAGAGAUAUGAGCACUCACCACAGGUGCUGUGUAAGGAGAAUCUGAAGGGCAAUCGAGGGUACUGGGAGGUGGACUAUGAUGGUUGGGUUGUGAUUGGGUUGGUCUGCGAGAGCGCACCCCGCAAAAGCCAAGACGGUCCCUGUGGACUCGGGGAGAACAGUGGCUCCUGGGGCUGUGGCUGGUCUGGCUCCAACUACCAAGUCUGGACCAAUGGCGAGAACGUGGACGUGCCCCUCCCCCUGAGCUCCACAAUGGGCAUCUACAUAGACCAGCCCGCCGGCAUCAUCAAGUUCCUCGUGGUGCUGGGGGAGGCCGAGAAGGAGGUGCGCCAGAUUCACAAGUUCAGCGUCAAUACCCAGGAUAAGAUUUUCCCCGGGUUCUGGAUCGGCACAAAUUCCUUCUGCCAAAUCCGAAAGAAGGAUCAGUGACAGUAGAAAGGUUUAGCAACGUGGGGAGGGAAGAGGGUCAAGGUUGUGAUGUUUGGGGAACAAGCGAUGGAGUCGUGAAAGCAGAACCGAAGCACAACAUGACAUCUUUGUAGAUUUUGUUUGCUUUCUCUAAAGCAUGAAGGAAGCUUAGUCAUCUCAUAUCCAAAGACGUCUCAUUAUUUUAUUUAUUGGAUAUCAAUUUAUGUAUUUUAUUUAACUUUAGAAUCAUGGGGGUUUACGUUUUUGUAACAUGCAGGAUUUGCGUGUGCUUGCUAAAUUUAAAAGCCUGUAUGUUUUUUUUAUGUGCUGGACGUAGCCAAUAAAUUCAUGCUGUGUAAUAACACAAACUUGUGAAGUGCUGAGGCCAUCUAGCGGGAUUUCAAAAUAUUGCACCCUCACACAUAAUCACACACUUUUUCUUUUCUCUUGGUGUUGCUCCUUUAUUUGAAACAUAAAAGUACGUAACGGAACAUUUACUUGUUUUUGAGAUAUGGACAUUUGUUCCUUUUUAAAUCAACCGAUAUCUUUCUCUCUCUCUUUCUCACACACAGUCAGUUUCACACUCAUUCAUUCGUUUCAACAAGAUAUCUGGAGCCAAAAGAAAAACAAACAAACAAA